AUGGAUGAUGAUGCUCAUGAUUGGUCGUUGCUUCCUCUUGAUCUUCUCAGACUUCUCGGAGAGAAGUUAGAACUCCCACAUCGUAUUGUUUUUCGUACCGUGUGUAAGUCUUGGUGCUCGGCUCUCCCUUCUGUUAGUGUUCCAUACCCUUGGCUUCUUCUUCCCGCACAACAAAUUGAUGACUCGUGUACCUUUUUACCUUUGCCUUCAGAUAAUGAGCAUCAUUCCUACUUCAAGUUUUCUCCGGUGCCUCCACUCUACGGCAUGUGUUAUGCUGGAUCUAAUGGUGGUUGGGUUGCCAUUGUUGAUUUAGCUUUUCACGUUAGCCUUUUGAAUCCCCUUACCAGCGCUCAAAUCGAUCUCCCUUCUUUGCUUCACCUUUUCCCUGGUGAAUCUCUACCUAAUUGUGGCGGUUACAGAUUCUAUAAGACAGAUGGAAAUUCUUACUUCAAUGACUUCGAAACUUGUCGUGACUACCACCUAAAGAAAGUCAUCUUCUCCUCCAAUCCAACUCCCAAUAAUUAUAUGGCCAUGGUUAUUUGUAAUGGAUUUCCGAGUGCCUACACUAAAGCAGGCAUAUCCAAGUGGAUAAGUCUAGACUUUUCUAUGCGUGACCUUAUUUAUUAUAAUGGAUUAUUUUAUGCUCUAAUGGGUCCUUCAUAUAUUAUCGCGAUUGACCUAAGUGGAGAUGAUCCAAUCAAGAGAGUUUUCAUUGAUGAUGACAUUGAAUUCUUCGACUCCUUACCAAUCUGUGAAUAUCAUUAUCAUUACUUGGCAUUCUCAAGCACUGGCGAACUAUUCCUAAUUUUGAGACGUGCAGAAUAUGUUUAUCUAGAUCCUGAUGAUGAUGAUGAUGAUGAUCCAAUAAAGCAUGAGACCAUAGGAUUUAUGGUUUUCAAGUAUAAUUGUGAUAGUAGUUAUUAUUGGGAUGAAGUUAGAUGUUUGGGAAACAAGUCUAUUUUUGUAGGCAUGAAUAAUGCUUAUUUAUUAUCGAUCGAAGAUUUUGCUGGACUCGAAGCAAAUUGUAUCUACUUCACUGACACUUGGGAGGGAUCAAGAUGCAAUGCAGAUAAAGGAAGAUCAAAUUUAGAUAUUGGCAUCUUCAAUUUGGAACCAAAAAAGUUUCAGCGUUAUUGCUUGCCAUAUGAAAUUACUUUACCUCCGCCAAUUUGGUUCAUUCCAUCCAUGUAA